AUGGCCGAUGCCCUGGGAAUCCACCGGUGCCCAGUCUGCUCCAAGACAUACAAGAGACGCGAGCAUUUGCAAAGGCACCGCAGCACGCACACGAGGGAACGUCCGCAUCGCUGUAUUGUGUGCGGUGCCUCAUUUCAGAGGUCCGACGUGUUGAAGCGUCAUCUCCAGACCUGUGACGGCCCAUCAACCCCAUCAUCCAGUCGCCGCCGCGCUUGCGAUCGUUGUGUCCGCCAGAAGAAGGCUUGCAACUCAGCCCAGCCCUGUUUCAAUUGCCAGCGACGAUCGGUCGUGUGCCACUAUUCAAUCCCACCGUCAGCCCCCUCGGCCCCCUCGGCAUCAUCCCAGCCCGCAGGUCCCCCUGUUAUCGAUGAUCCAUCUAACCACAACAACCUCGACGAAACUACCGCCCACCCCGAUGUCCCUCAAACCGACCAGCCGCCGAGCGAGGAGUCUGUUCUCGCCGACUCCACCUUCGACCAUGUGCCGUUUGAUGACCUCGACACACUAAUCCAGGAGGCAGUCUCGCAGUUCCAGAUCCCGGACAGUUGGUUUGACGUCAGCCCCUCGCACUCAAGCGGGACAACGGCGUCUCUUGCCGUCGAGCCGGACCUCUUCCAUAAGCCCCCUAAUGAUUCCCUUAGUUCGCGCUACCGUGGCUACUCGUUCCAUUUCUUGAGUGACUUUACGAGCAGGACUGGCCUAGUCUCGUCGUUUGAGUGUGCCACUCUUGCCCAGCGCCAACAGAUUGUCGCUGCGUUCCAUCCGUCCUAUCUCCAACAGCCGCCGCUCGAUCCCUUCAGCAUUGUUCCACCGUCAACUUUACCGCCCGAAGAACCCACUUCGCAAGUUUCGGGGUUUGUCUCCAAUGUCGGGCCGGUAAGCAGCGGCCUGUCUUCAUGGUCCCUCUGGCUGCACAACCCCAUCGUUAUCAAUCUGCAGCAGGUGGUUCUGCUCCUGAAAAACGUCGUAAGGGUGAAGCCAAACAAUAGCACUAUUACUCUGGACUGGUCAGCAGCCCUAGAGCAACAGUGUUUGCAGUUCUUCUCACCUCCUCGGGUUGUCAAGUUCAUCGAGCUGUACUGGUCUGUUUGGCAUCCCAACGUCAAUUUCCUCCAUCGACCUACCUUCAACCCGACCGCCACCAAACCGAUUCUGCUGGCCACCAUGGCUCUGAUUGGAGCCUGUGUAUCCCCGGAUCGUGCGGACAACGAUGAUGCCAAAAUGUGGUUCAACUGUGUCGAAGAGAUGGUGUUUACCGACGACGACUUCUGUAGCGAUAUGGAACCCCCCGCCGUGAGCGACAUCGACACGCCAGUCUACACUCCCGAAAACCGACUAAAACUCCAGGCCCUACAAGCGGCCUAUCAUACCGCUCGAGACCUUGGUAUCGACACGGCUCGACACAUGGACUAUAGCGCACAGCCCAAACACGAAUUCAUCUGGUUUGAAUUCGUCAUGAGGGAGGAAUUGAUUCGCAUUUUCACAUGGAUCUUCCUCCUCGAUACAGCCUUCGUCAUCUUCAAUAAUCUGCCCCAUCGGAUGGUCAUCAAGGAGAUGAAGAUGGACAUGGCGAGUCCCGAGGCCUGCUUCCAGGCGGAAACGGCGGAUGAUUGUAUCGGUCAGAUCUACCGCUGGAUGCCGUCGACUAGCCCGUUUUGCACUUUGCUUCUUCGUGACGCCAUCGAAAACCUGUGUAUCGACGUCAUGUCGCCAGAAGUGCAACAACAGUAUUCUCAACUUGGCCCGCUGAACUUGUUCGCAAUGGUUUCCGCGAUCCACUACAUGAUCUUUCAGCAUCAAAACCUAUUUGCGGUGGAAGGUCAGCUGGUCCCCAUCCGCAACGGACUGCGAAAUUGGAUCGGUAUCUGGGAAAGGUACGCCGAGGUGCCGUCAGCCCUCUCCCCGCACGGUUUACUGCAAGAAGACUGCCCAGCGCCAGCCUUGAUGUGGAAGCGUAUAGGUUUCUUCCGCUCGUCGCCCGAGUACUGGUUGCUUGGGAGUCUCCUCACGGAUCGCCUAUCAGCGACGGCGGUGACAUCCACGGAUAUGUCCUCGGCAAAUGGCAACCUGUCAGGUCCUUUUCCAACUUCGGCGAACGCUCGUGGCAAAGCUAGGUCCGCCGAGCCGAUCCUCGAGAAGUAUGACCAGACGAGCAUGCGCCAGGUCAAUGAACUCAUCAACGGCUUUCAGAAGUUCAACAUUGGGUGA